AUGGCGACAAGUGCUUCUGGAGCCGUUUUCUUUCUUGGAACUCGUGCGCAUUAUCAGGUCCUCAACCAACCGGAGUCUCAAUUCGACGUUGAGAACGGCAACACAUCCACAGAAACGAUAUACCAGAACCCUUCGGUCCAGGAUCUCUGGUCUCGUGAGCAGAACCCUUCAGUUACCUCUGUGCAAGAGUUGUGGCCGAGGGAACAGAAGCUGGAGGUGGAUAACGAACGCUGGGGAUACUGUGAACAGACGGAGGUCAAAGUAGACGAGAGAGAAAAGACCGACAAUUACGUGAAAAGAUCUCGAAGAAGUCCGAGCGAGACGGCGCUGUGUGAGCGGGACGACAUGAAACCGGCGCUAUUGAACUCCGUUGCGGACAGUCCACCACAAAAGAAAUGUGCCAAGACUCCCCUCCUGACGUUUCUGUGGUCUCUCGCGCGUCGCAAACGCAAGUUGGAUACCGAUCAGAUACAAUACCUGCACCACAUCGAUACUGCCCUCACUAGUUGUACGUACAGAGAGUCUUGUCGCUGCUUGGACUGUCAGGAAGACUUUGCAUCAGACCUUAAAAGAAACCAGAAAAGGCAUUGCAGACAAACAUCACGCCAACCCAAAGUAAAAUAA